CCACAAGCCUGCACGACGCCAACGCCACAUGCCCACACAUCCCUUGCGCCGCCGCCGCCUCGCCGCCCGUCUCCCUGCCGCCGGCUGUCGUGCUCGUCGAUCUCCCCGGCCGACAGCCGGUCCCCUUUGUGUGGCUUCCAGUCUCUCGCUGCUCUCCCUGCGCUGAGUAGCGCGACCCCCGGCUCCUCCCGUCGCGACAUCGUCGACUCCGUUAUAAGGAGAACUCAUGUCGAGGGCUCGCAAUGCUUUAGUUGCCACUGGCCUGCUGAUCUUUGCUGGUGCUGGUUUAUCAUUUCCAUUCCUUUUCGUGAAAUCAAAGAACAGGCCUAUCAUUGAUUCAUCAAAACCUCUGCCACCACAGGCCACAUUCCGAGGACCAUAUGUGAAUACUGGAUCACGCGAUAUUGGACCUGAUCCUACCAACUAUCCCAAGAAGUGAUGUAUUCUUUCCUGACAUUUGAGGCCUGUUCCCUUUCAUCUCUUUGGGCAGAUCACUAGGCACAACUCUGAAAUAGUGUCAUGUUAAGAAUACCUUGUAUUAUGUGUGUCCUUAUCAUUCUUGGGUCUUGCGACAUCUGUUUGUGCAUGUGCCUUGACAAUUAAUUUUUUUCAGUAUCUCCUAUAUAAAGAAGGGUGGAUAUUGAAGACCUUUUGGAAGUGCAAAGUUUGCUCAAUAGGAAAAUAGUAUAUAUAAGAAGGGUGGAUAUUGAAGACCUUUUAGAAGUGCAAAGUUUGCUCAAUAUGAAAAUAGUAUAUAUACUUUUGUGGAUGCAUAUGAUUACUUGUAGAUUUAGGAGCUCCAUCUCAUAUAUAUACUAUGCAGAACCAGAAUAGCCAUGUGAAUUGGCUGUCUA